CACAAUACACGUACUUUACACUGGGAAAUGUAUGUAAGUAUGAAUACUUAGUUAGUUAGUCAGUCAGUCUGGUGUACCACAAGCCAAUCAUGGCGGGGAAGGAGGAUACUACUAGCCAAUCAAUGCACAGUAGGCGGAUCUUAAUUGUCUUUUGUCUGUCCAGAGGGAUUUCCCCCGAAUAAUGGCGGGGAAAAUAACGGUCAUAUUUCUCCCAAUUUUUCCGAUUUUCUAAGCAGCCCUGUGAUAUCUAAUAUCUCCGGGUACGAUCAUGACACUCAAAAAUCCCCGCCUGCUCUUCUGCAUUUGGCAUUUUUGUUUAUAACACAGUACCACAGUGCCUCACAAGGUCAUAACUGCAGUUUGCAUAUGUACUAUCUGACCGGAAAUUGCCCAGACUGUGUAACCAUGGUGACGCCACGCGCGUUCCGUCUGCAAUUCACAUCCUGCUGUAGGUCCACUAUCACCUCUUGGUUAUUAUUUUUCUGAAGCCAAAUGAAUGUAGAUGAUAUACUCGAUGAAUGUCAGAGCAAGAAGUGGGAGUCGUUGAAUAUCAGUCACCGUGGUUUAGUUUUACUUCCAGCUCGUAUUUCAGAGCUGGUGACUUUAAAGAAGUUACUCCUGAACAACAACCGUCUUAUUUUACCCCCUGAGGAGAUUCUGCACCUUGAUCAGCUUGAAGAACUCAUCCUGGAUCAAAACCAGCUGACUGUGCUUCCCGAUAACAUCAGCUCACUGAAACACCUGACGUACCUGGGAGUAAACCACAAUCCACUCUCAGUCCUCCCUGAGGCUUUGGGAGAACUCGGAGAACUCAGAGAGCUUUGGGCCAUAAACUGUGGACUUAUUUCUAUCCCGGCAUCUAUUGGCAAACUCAGCAAGUUGCAAAAACUUGGUCUGAGUAGCAAUUCCAUCACGACAUUGCCACCACAAUUUGGGAACCUCAAAAAUCUGCAGUGGUUGAACUUGGCUGAUAAUAAAAUAGAAGAUAUUCCAGAGAAUUUGAAGAACUUACAAUCACUAGUCUUCAUCAACUUGAAUAAGAACAAUUUCAAAAAGAUUCCAGUGGCACUCACAGAAAUGCCAAGUCUUCAAGUUCUUCUUAUUAACUUCAACAGUAUUACCUCACUGGAGGACGAUUUAAUCCUUGGUUUCAGCAGACUUAUAAAACUUGACAUGAGACAGAAUCCAUUAACUCUCAGACCACAUCACUGGCUGGGUCUGGAUUUUAUAUUGCUAGGCAGCACAGAAACUGCAAUGGAUGACAUAUGAUGAAUACACCAUAAAUCUGAAUUGUCCAUUGUUUGGUUUUCACAUGACUGAUUAUAUCAGAAGGAACUACAGUGAAAGAUAUAUAAUAAACACACAACGGAAUACAAACAAGUCAUUUUAUUACGGUGAAAUAAAUCUAUCUUCAGUUGGUCAGGCAGGAAUCAGUCUUGACCGAUAAAUAUAUAUUCAUCUUAAGAAUAUACUCACUCAGAACAGGUUACAAUAUAGCACUUAUAGGAAAUAGGCGUUGUUUUCCUGGUAACAUAUAAUGUUGUAAAAUAAAAUUGAGGUUUCUAAAGUGAAGCAUUACACUGAUAGAUAUAUAACAGUGUCAGUAGACAGCAGAUGGUGCUGUAUUGUGAGUCAUUACCAUUUGAUAGACUCUGUUUAAACACUACACCUAUACUAUGCAGAUUGAAGUGUCUUCAUUUGAAAGCUGAUCACAAGCUGUCAUAUGGCAAUAUUACAUUUUCACAUCAAUACUUGUCUUUAUUGCAUUCUCAAAAAUAUGUUAUUUGUGGAUUAUAUUCCUUUAUAGGUUUAUGUAUUAUGAUUGUAUUAUUAGAGCAUUGUAUUAAAAUACUGUCAUGAUUCAGUAAUUUAGAAAACACAACAAGAUGCGCACCUAUACCUGUUUUCAUUAAGCAGCAAAAUGAGACAAAUAUUUUCUACAUAGAGCGCAUGAUAACAGUGUACAUAGUAAUGUUACUAUGUAUGUUGAUUCUUGAUACACUACUAAUAAUUGGCGCAUUCCUACACAUGCCUUCAUCCAAAAAAGGUGAUUACAACUGCUUCAGGAAAAGACAAAAAUUUCUGACCACGUGAUACCUCAAAGUUACAAAAGAUUUUAUUUUAUCUACAAA